GCACUAAGCAAACUGAACUCAAUCAGGCAAGUGUUUUUAUGAAUACUAUUGCUACAAAUACAAGUAUCAAUCUUGACAAUAGACGAUUAAUUACAAAUCAUUCAUGUCAUCACACUGCAAUUCAAUUAUUGAAAAAUCAAGGUCUUUCUAAUUCUGAUUUACAAUUAUUUUUGGAGCAUCGGUCACAUGAGAGUUUAGGCAAUUAUUAUCAAACAAGUGAUAAUCAGCACAUUUUAAACACUGCUAUGUUAUUUCCCUUUACAUCUCAAGAAUUGAAUUUAAAUAAAUAUGAAGAUUAUGAUGAUCAAGUUCCUACAGCAGAAGAAAUUCUAGUUUCUAUGGCACAAGAAAAUCAAAUUUCUACGGCACAAGAAAAUCAAGCUUUUAUGGCACAAGAAAAUCAAGUUCCUAUGGCACAAGAAAUUUAA